AUCUAAAACCUUCUAUCUCCAAGAAGAUAACUGUAUCAAUGUUGACAUUCCAUCAUGUACCAAUGUAACUAAUACAUAUAUGACCAUUUCAAAUAAUGGUACAUAUUAUUUAAAAACUUUUAACGAGCCAGGAUGUACCGAAGAAAACAAAGCUAGUGUCUCAUCUGUUAAAUUUGAUUGUGACAAUAACAUCAACAACGUUGGUGGCUUUAACAUUCAAUGUAGACCAGCUCAAAUGGGUGUCUUCUAUACACUUUCAAGUGACAAAUGUCCAUCAAUCAAAGGUGAAUUAAAUAAAUGUAUUUCAUUCGAAGAAGAAACAUGUGGUUAUAAAUCUGCUCGUUUCAGUAGUAGCAAUGGUGACUCACCAAACUUUGCUGGUUAUUCAAAUUCAUACUGUGGUUCCAAUGAUGAUGGUGAUGUUAUUUCAAGCUUUGGUGUCUCAUGUAUUAAAUCUGCCGAAUCAAAAGCCUACGACCUCGAAUGCAAUGAUUCAUCAGCUGCCACUUUAGUCUUUAGUUCAUCAUUAUUAUUAUUUGUUAUUUUAUUUGCUCUCUUAUAAAAUAAUAGCAAUAGUAAUAAUUAUAUAUAUAAUAAAAAAACAAAAGAAUAAAGAAAUAAAAUAUUUAUUUAUAUGUAAUUUAAAAAAA